AUGACAUCGUCGAAUUCAUCAACGAACGAUGUCGAACGUGAUACAAAUCUUAUUGAUGUAACAAAUUUCUAUGGUCGUGCGAAAAAAGUAGGUUCAUGUGAAACUGAAUAUAGUAUGUUAGAUGAUUUUACUGGCGUUGUAACUCGUGAAAUGAACAAGAGAAACGCAUCGGUCAACACAAAUACAUGUGAUAUUGAUCAAUCAGAUUCAACUGUCGAAGUUGAUUUUUCAUCAAACAUUCCUAAGACAACAGCCGCUUCUCAUCAUAUGAACUUAACUUCAUCAUUUAUUAAGAAUAUUGAAGCACGUCGUGGUAUUAAUAAGUCGUUGUUAACAAAUGAAAACAGUCGAUCUGAUAUAUAUUCAUGUGCUAUAAAAUCUCCUUCACUUAUUGUUGAUAAUCAACAUCAUUGUUCAUCAAAUUCUUGUUUAUCAUCAACAGAACAAUUACUUCAUAAUAAUGAAGAUCAAACAUAA